UAUCAUAAUAUUCUAGUAGUUGAGCCGAGAGCUUCAGUUUGUGUAGUUGUGUGUGACUCAGCAGCGAUGACAGGGCAGUAUCAAUUGUUUUUAAGCAAACGCUUGGUAACAGAAACAAAAAUUUUUGACGGCGGUGUUCUUGUCAACGAUUGCGGAGUAAUUGAAAAUGUUCUAAAUAGGAAUGACGCCAAUAAAUUGAUAGCAGAACUCAAGGACAGAAUUGAAGUAAUAGAUGGUGGAGAAUGGGCCCUCAUAGCAGGGGUUGUAGAUUCUCAUGUACACGUUAACGAGCCGGGUCGAACUGCCUGGGAAGGUUUUCGGACUGCAACUAACGCUGCGGCCGCUGGCGGCAUAACGACAAUUGUAGAUAUGCCUCUCAAUUCUAUUCCACCGACAACAACAUUGGAAAAUCUUAAGAUUAAAGCGGAAUCCGCUAAAGGUCAUGUUUAUGUCGAUGUUGGAUUUUGGGGCGGAGUCAUCGUUGGCAAUCAGAAUUCACUACGCGAUUUAGUAAAAGCUGGAGUCGUAGGAUUCAAAUGUUUCUUAUGCCCGAGUGGUGUGGAUGAAUUUCCAAAUGUGGGCCCUAAGGAUUUGGAAUUGGCAUUUGAUGCCCUUGAAGGAACCGGAUCAGUUUUGGCGUUCCAUGCCGAACUUGAAGAUGAGUCUUGUACCAAAACUGAUACUACUGAAGAAGAUCCCGAAGAAUAUAAGACAUACCUUCAAUCGCGACCGCCUAAAAUGGAACUGAAUGCAAUCACGCUGAUCACAGACUUUUUGGGGAAAACGAAUGUUCGGGUCCACAUCGUACACGUCUCUUCAUCGGCGGUUGUGCCCUUGCUUGAGAAGGCGCGAGCAGCGCGCGUCGCCGCAGGACACGAUGCGUGGCGCGGCGGAGUGACUGCAGAGACGUGCCACCAUUACCUGACAUUGAGUGCUGAUGAGAUUCCACGGGGUCACAGCGAGUACAAAUGCGCACCGCCGAUUAGAGAUAUGAAUAAUAAAGAGAAAUUAUGGAAGUUUUUAUUAGAAGAUAAGUUAGAUAUGGUGGUGUCAGAUCAUUCGCCUUGUACCCCUGAACUCAAAUGCAGCAAUAAUUUAGAAGCUUGGGGCGGCAUAUCUUCAGUACAAUUCGGUCUCUCUUUAUUUUGGACGCAACUCAGUGCUCGUGGCUUAGAUAUGAGGUCGAUAAGCAAAUACUUGAGUGUAGGUCCAGCUCAAUUAUGCGGCUUACAAAAUCGUAAAGGAAUGGUUAAAGCAGGUCUUGAUGCUGAUCUAGUAUUCUUCGACCCCGAUGAAUCCUUUGUUGUAACCUCCAAUAUCAUUCGUCAUAAGAAUAAGUUGACGCCUUACAUUGGAAAAGAAUUAAAAGGUGUUGUAAAGAAGACGUAUCUGCGCGGAAAACUAAUCUAUGCCGACGGAGAAGUCAUCGGACAACCAAAUGGAAAAUUGUUGCUCAAAGAUUUUAAUUAAAACUUUCUAAUUUAGAAUGUAUAAUAUCGAUUGUUAAAUUAAUAUUUUAUUAUUUA